CACUGCCUCGUGACUGCGUCCCCUCCACACGCCAUUUCCACACUUCACACCACCGGCAGCCGGGAACCAUGGCAGCGGCUAGGGCGCACCUCCUAGCCUUCCUAUCGGUUCUCACGACGAUGGUGGUCGCCCUCUCUUCGGCGGCUGCCGGUGGUGGUCGCAUGACGGACCAGCUCGACAUACUCUGGGGCCCGACGCAGCUUCUCAACGGAAGCAACGGCGACGACCAGACCAUCGGGCUGUCGCUGGACCGCGUCAUGGGGUCGGGCUUCCGGUCCAAGACCUCCUAUCUCUUCGCCAGGAUCGACAUCGACAUCAAGCUCGUCCCGGGCAACUCCGCCGGCACCGUCACGACGGUUUACUUGAUGUCUGAAAAGCAGUGGAAAACCCAUGACGAGAUCGACCUGGAGUUCCUGGGCAACCUCACCGGCGAGCCGUACACCCUGCACACCAACAUCUUCGCCAAUGGCUCCGGCGGCAGGGAGGUGCAGUACCGCCUCUGGUUCGACCCUACUCUAGACUUCCACACCUACUCCAUCAUCUGGAAUUCAGACGAGAUCCUGAUCCUGGUCGACAACAAGGCGAUCCGGCGGUUCAGGAACCACUGGAAUGCCGGCGUCCCCUUCCCGGUGUACCAGCCGAUGAGGCUGAACGGCGUGCUCUGGGACGCCGACGACUGGGCGACGCAGGGCGGGCGCGUCAAGACGGACUGGACCCAGGCGCCGUUCACCGCCUACUUCCGGAACUACCGCGCCACCGGCUGCGAGCCGAGCGGGUUCGCGUCGUGGGUGUGCGGCCAGCAGGGCGCGGCGCCCGGCGGCGGCGGCGACUGGUUCGACGGCGGAGCGGCCGGUGGGCUGGACGACAUGAAGCAGCAGGAGCAGCUGAGGGAGGCGCAGGAUAGGUACAUGAUCUACAACUACUGCACCGACACCAAGAGGUUCCCUGGUGGCUUCCCCACGGAAUGUGGGUUGGCGUAGAGUACAAGUGAUGGUCACAUUGUUUCAUUUUUUUACAGUACCUCUCUAGAUCUAGACUAGAGGAACGAAAACAAGAACAGAUGUGCAACCAUUUCUAGAUUGGUCAUCAUACGCAGAGAUUGUAUUAUUAUUACUCCGAUGCGCACCAUAUAUAAUUGAUAGAUAUGUCAGCGGCUGAAAUUUCCCGCGAGUGGAGGGAUGGUCAGGUCAAGCAAGGUUUCGCUGCUCAUGUAUGUGGCCUCGCUCGACGUAAGCAGAGCGAGACGUGUCGUAUACUUCAAUCAUU